CCCAAUAAAAUCAUCAAGUUCUCUGACAACACAACAGUCCUUGGGCUCAUCUCUGACAGGGAUGAGACUGUUCAGUGAGCAACCUGCCGCUGAAACGCAGAUCCGGCCCCUCUCUACCUCAACGGGGUAGACGUGGAAAGGGUGGAGACAUAUAAAUUCCAACAGGAAGUGUUGUCUUCAUUUGGAUUGGAAUAAACACCUCAAGUUAACUCUUGGUCCCUCACCUGUGACCUGUGUUACCUUAGUAGUUGUGACACCACUGUUACAAAGAAUAAUCAGCAUAAGUAUACUCAUAAUCAUGAUGAAACAAAUUAAAGACUUUAUUUCAGUUCUGGUAUGGUUCCUCCAUGUGGUGUUAACAUAUCCAGCUGCACAAGACGAACACUUUCGCGCAUGCGCUACUGAACUCAUUAACACUGACAUACAGUCAAUGCACCUAAACGCAAUAGCGAAGACAGCUAACUGGCCCUUUAAAUGCCUUCGUUUACCUCCGGAAUACUUCGUCUGUAGCCGGCAAGGGUCUCCGUACACCCGCACAGUACCAGCCGCUUCUUACUACGGUUCAAGACAGGGAAGAAGGCAGGUGGCGGCACGCUGUCAAACACUUAACUCUUCCUUUGGACAGCAGCGCUCUUCUCUCAAUGCAGGCCAUCAAAUGCGUAGUCGUGGGUGAUGGUGCUGUGGGUAAGACAUGUCUGCUCAUCAGCUACACCACGAAUGCCUUCCCUGGAGAGUACAUCCCAACUGUUUUUGACAACUACUCUGCAAAUGUGAUGGUGGAUGGGAAACCGGUCAACCUGGGCCUCUGGGAUACAGCAGGACAGGAAGACUAUGAUAGGCUCCGCCCCCUGUCUUACCCUCAGACGGAUGUGUUCCUGAUAUGCUUUUCUCUGGUGAGCCCGGCCUCCUUUGAGAACGUCCGAGCCAAGUGGUAUCCAGAGGUCCGUCACCACUGCCCGCACACUCCCAUCAUCCUGGUGGGCACCAAACUUGACCUGCGUGAUGACAAGGACGCCAUUGAACGUCUGAGAGACAAAAAGCUCUCUCCUAUCACCUACCCACAAGGCCUGGCCAUGGCCAGGGAGAUCGGUGCUGUCAAAUACCUGGAGUGCUCUGCACUGACGCAGCGAGGGCUGAAGACGGUCUUUGAUGAGGCCAUCCGAGCAGUUCUUUGCCCUCCGCCUGUCAAAAAGGGGGGCAGGAAGUGCAUUGUGUUCUGAUGGGGAUGAGAGGGACGAUGAAGCCACCACGAUGGGAUUACAUUGGUCAGUCACACAUUAUGGAUAAGUUACCGCCAAGUUGGAACUGCUCUGAAACAAAAACAGCAAUCCACUGCUUGUACCGAAGCAGGCUGAGGAUCUUUAAGCCUACUCUUUGCAUACAAAGAUAAAUUCUGAGUGACAUAUGCCUUAAAACACUGAUGUAGACUUGUAAUGACCCGUCUCUAAGAUAAAUGGAGAAAAUGAGUAAGGUCACUCAACCUUGUCCUAAAGGGAUGAGAAAAGGGUGAUUUUCAGGUGGAUAUGCAAAAAUACUUUGCACUAUCCUGUUGAAUCUUGAAAUCUGUGACAGACAUGUCGUACAAAACAAGGAAACAGACCAAAUGUACACCCCCCUUUUACACAACCUAAUGUUGAGGUUUUUUUAUUCAAUUUUAUUUAAUUUUUUUGAGAUUACUUUAUUUUGUAAUGAUCUUCUCUUUGUUUUAUUUUAUUUUGGUGACCUGCCCAGUUUGUGUAAUUGGCAUGUUUAUGAUUAGCCCCCUCUUAUUUCAGCUGUAGAAGAGGUGUCCCAGCAUAGCAGCAGCUGAGGAGCCAGAUCAAAACUGUUUUAGGGACCUGCAGCUGACUUUAUUGUCAAAAUUUGACAAUAUAUUUUACCUUAAAGUAAUCUGAAUCUCUGAUAAUGUUUCCAAAUGAAGUAUCAAAACUGGCUCUUUUAUUUCACAUUUGUUAUACACGUAUAUUUGAUAUGUGUUAUGAUGGCAAUUGCUCAGCUUCGUGAAUAAAUUUCAAAUUUACUGGAGAAAAAAAAUGGUAGCCCUGGCAGGCUACCACCAGGUAGUCAGAAUUUUUUUUUUAUAUAUUGCUUUAGAAUAAGGCACAUGACUUUUACAGUGUGAUUCACUGUUCUGUAUGCUACAGUUAUAGAGAGCCCAGGGUUUAUACAAUGAACCUGUAAUCAUACAAGAGUCAUACAUGUAUGUAUGUAAUGUGUUAGCCUGUCUCUCAAUACCUUUGAGUUUCAGUCUGUGGCUCUCAUCUCCAACCUUAUUGGUUACUGCUGAAGACAUAAAUAGCUCAUGAAACAGCUCAUAAAUAUGUGGUUUCAUUUUUAAAAAGGCUCACUCAUUUCCAGAAACAGCUGGACAUUGUUGUUUUUAAUCAAAUGUAACUGAGACAGGAGAAAAUAAUGCAUUAUGGUGGGACUGUUUUCAGCGGUGGAUUAAUCCACAGUUGGUGCUCUGGUGAGGACAUGUGCAUGGACAUGUGUAUGUGUGACGGAGACAAAGUGAACAUAACUAAAGUGUGUGUUCAUGAUGAUGAUAAUGAAGCAACAUGUCACCGAGUCAAACGUAUGUGUGUGUGUGAUAGCUUCUGGACAACAAUGAAGCUCUUUGACGCAGAGGAAGAAGAGAGAUCAUACAUGUUAGCAAAUCAGUAAAUCGUUGUUUUCAGUCUUUUUAUUAGAUUUGUUUACAGUCAAAAAUAUGAUCAGCCUUAUCCCUAAAAAUGCUUUGUGGUUUUUUUUAUCUCUCACCUCUUUCACUCAGCAGUGCAUGCCAGUGUAUCAGCAUGGGAGGCACCAUGUCAUUUAUGCUAAAGUGCGUGGCCAUCACUCAUCUGCAGUGUAUGUUCAAGUGCUUUAAUGAAGGCUAACAUCAUUCACUGUACAUUUGCUCAAAGUACAUAACAUAUGCUGCAUUCUUGUCAUGGAGAUCACCGACCAUGAGACAGCAGAGUCAAUAAUGAUGGCUUUUGGCCUUUGUUGCUGUGUAGUUGGUCAGUUCUACUGGUCACAACAUGUGUUUAUCAGAGAAAAUAGAUUACUUGUCUGUCUGUGUGUCUUUCAGGAUACCAGUUUGUACAUAAACCCAAAGAAAACACACACUCACUCCUCAAAUGCAGAAUCUGUUUGCCACUUGUCAAGUGAAAAAUGUUCAUAAUGUGCCAUUAGUAUGUGAAGUGUUUUGGUUUUUUUAUGUGGAACCAUCAUGCCAAAAGAAGGAAAAACAGGACCCAGACAAGAUCCCCUUUAAAAGUUCCCCAGAGGGCACCCACAUGCAGAUAUAACAUGAAAUAACUAUGUGGUUGUAGUAGUGAUUUAUGGCUUGUAAUUUUAUGUGAAUGUGUAUGACCAAAUGAGACAAGGGCAGUGAAAAAAACAGCAGUGGACUAAGUGUGUGUGAUUUUGUAUUUUAUUGUUUGAUAUUUUUUGAUUCUCUAUUUUCUUAAUAUGUUUUCCUCAAUAACAACAGAGAUGCAUUUAACACUUAAAGGGGAUGAUUUGUGUUGAGUACCUGUUAAAAUAUUACCAAAAGCAUUAAAUAUGUUUGAACAGA